AUGGGCUUGCAUGCCAACAUUGGACUCGCACUCAAGUCCCGCUCCUUGACAGCGAAGGACAAAGUCGAUCAGUACGCUACCAAACUAGUACAAGAGCUCAACCUUCCGGGCCUUGCUGUCACAGCUGGCGCCUUGAAUGAUGAUGGAGUCUUCCAGUCCUGGAGUGCUGGCUACGGCUAUGCCAACACGGAGGCUCAGCUUCCUGUCACUGUCGACACGUCUUUUUGGAUUGCCUCCAUUACCAAAACCAUUUUGGCGGUGGCUGUCAUGAGAGCAGUCGAAACUGAUAUCCUUUGA